UUUUUUAUUUUUGCCCUGGAACGUAAUUUGCCACUCUUGGGGGGCUGACCGGAAGCUAGGCUCUGGGCGCCGUGAUCUGAUCGGCCUGAGCACCCCGUGGUAACCUUUCCGCAUCAACCAGAUGCCGGGAUCCCCCUCUCCGCCCGUGCUCUCCCCGGCUGCGCCGUGAGGCUGGGGAAAGCCCGCGCGCAUCUCUGCAGCGCGCGUGCCAACGGGAACCCGCGCUGCUGCCUCGACGCGGCCGCAGGGGCCGACGCGUGGGGGGUCACCCACACCCGGCACCGUGGUCCGCGUUGCCAUGGGCGUCCGACCGAGGAACCCCCAGUGUUUUAAAUCACGCCCGUUUCAUCCGAAGGCGUGGUGACAGUGUGGCGCGGAGAUGGAGGAUGGCGGUCGCCCGAGCUCCGUGAGCGAGGACGUGAAAAUGUCAGAGAUAUGUACUGCAGCAUCACUAAACAUUGAUAUGACACCUGAGGAUCUGCCUGGUGUUGAGGAACAACUAAGUGUGGAGGAACAGCCUGAUAUCAAGGAACAAGCUGAUGUCAAGAAACAGCCUGAUGUCAAAGAACAUCCUGAUGUCGAAGAACAGCCUAAUGUCCAGCAGGGUGAUAAUGUCAACGUGGAACCCUACUGUUCUUCACCUGCCUUAACCACUCAGAGAGAGUUACUGCUGAGUAGUCCUGUUGAAUUGAAGAGAGGCGCACAGAAACAGGACCGUCAUAUGUUUCUUUACAAUGAUAUACUUAUUAUCACUAAAAUAAAGUAUAAUAAUAGUUAUAAAAUUAAAUAUAAAGUAAGAUUAUCUGAUCUGUGGAUAUCAGCAUGUACCGAAGAAAUUGAGGAGAGAAACUGUAAUUCUGUUAAAUCAUUCAUGUUAGGAUGGCCCAUAGUAAACUUCGUGGCAACAUUUAGCUCUGCAGAGCAGAAGGAAAAUUGGCUUACCUUGUUACAAAGAUAUGUCAACAUUGAAAAGGAAAAAGAUUUUCCGAAGGUUGUUUCAAUGAAGGUUUAUACGCAGAAUAUUGACAACUGUGCAAAGUUCAAAACUUUGAAUGUUAAGAACUCUGAGACCGUAAUCGAAGUCAUCAAUACCUCCCUCUCGGAGUUAGGAUUAACAGGCACUGAAAGGGAUUAUCAGUUGUGGAUUCAUACUGGAAAACUGGCAUCACCGUAUCUUCUAGUAGGUCACGAGUUCCCUUAUAGCAUCAAAAUGAGCCAUGUCAGAAGCAACCUUGGCAUCAUGGUACCGAAGACUAAGGACAUAAAUUUCAUCCAGCAGCAACUCUUAACAACAGAACACCUGCCUCCAGGAUCGAGAUGCCAGUUUAUUUUGAAACCCACCCGCAGGACUCCUGGUUUGACCAUGAAUGGACACAGAAAUUUUCUGCGACGAAGAUCUGUUAUAAACUGGGCAUUUUGGAAAAGCCCUAACACACAGAUGGACAAUGGAUUAGAUUCUGCCUUACCAACAUCUCCUGUGACAGGAAAACUGUUUGGCAUCUCUUUGCCAAUCAUAUGCGAAAAUGACAAUUUACCAACACCAAUCAUGAACAUGCUAUGGCUCCUUUAUGAGAGGGGGCCCUUGACAAAAGGCAUAUUUCGUCAAUCCGCAAAUGUGAAGGCCUGUAGGGAAUUAAAAGAAAAAUUAAAUGCCGGCGCUGAUGUACAGAUUGAUUGUGAGCCACUUUUUGUGGUAGCCUCCGUUUUUAAGGAUUUUCUGCGGAGUAUUCCAGGUAGUAUAUUUUCAUCAAACCUGUUUGAUCAUUGGCUUUCCAUAAUGGAUGAAGUGAAUCAUGAAGAGCGCAUCCAUACUAUCCAGUUACUCUUACAGCAGCUUCCAAGAGCGAACACCAUUGUCCUGAAAUACCUUUUUGGAGUGCUACACUGCAUUGAGCAAAAUUCCUCUCUAAAUCAGAUGAACGCUCUCAACUUAGCUAUUUGCAUAGCCCCUAGCAUCUUGUGGCCACCAACAGAUUCACGGGAAAUGGAAAACGAGUUUUCCCAAAAAAUUUUGAACCUUAUUCAAUUUGUAAUAGAAAAUUGUUACAGAAUUUUUGGAGAGGAGAUAAUUUCCCUCUUUGGAGAAGUCUCUAAACGAUAUGAUAGCAGAGAGAAUAUUCCAGACUCUUGUGUCCCUUUGAAUGAUUCCUAUGACAGUCUGGAAAAUGAGCUUGAAGACUUUCACCCAUAUGAUACACCAUGUAGUGAUAUCCAGCAGCUGGGGAGGGAGAGCAGAAGCCUCGAUUCUUUUGCAGCACUUAGUGACAUGGACACCACAGCGACCAGUCUCUUAACUCUCAGUGACUUGAGUUUAACUUACUCUAAGGAAGAUUUAGAAGAAGACCCACCUGCAGGUGAUCAAGCAGAGAACUCUGUCUUACUUUCAAACCCUCCCCUGGAGAGCCAAACCAAGCUCCCCUCGGACAGAGACGUAACUAAAAGUCCUAAGUGUGCCAGACGUCAGCGGCACUCCUCGGAGCCCACACUUUCCACAGAACCUUCUCUCAAGGAGAAUGUUCCCCAGGAAUCACCUGUGGAUGCCACACUGGCCAAUGCCGUGCUCUUUGCAAGCCCCCACCAUGCCGAUCACGCCAGGGAUUCUUCAGGGGGAACUCUAGUCAGAUCUGGGUCCAGCAGACUGAGCCUGUGCUCAGAACCAGCCCGUGAAACACCCCACACCCUCACUGAGGGCAUUCAGGGGGCCCAGCCUUCAGAGCCCACCACACCAGGUGCCCCAGGCCUGAGAAGGCGGCAGCGGCGCUGCUCCGAGCCCACUACAAACAGCCUGAGUACAAAGUGGGCCUCUUGGAAAGACUUUUAUCAAAAGAAGUUUCGCAAGAAUAGCUGUGACUCAGUCCUUUCUCCAGCAGAAACUGACUGUUUGAAGCAAAAUUCACUGCGCAAAGCAGAGAAGCAAUGUUUAGAGAGAUCUGUUACAGGCCUGGUGGGACUGUCUAAGAAGAAUAAAAAGACCAACUCACCCACUCACCAUUUCAGGCUAUUUUCAAAGUCAAAUGCUGUUAUGUCAUGCGAUUCCAUUUCGACACUAGGUAGUACCAGGGAUGAAUCCGUGGUCCCAGAUCCUCGAAGCAGCUUCCCAGUACCCACAGAAGAAACCCAGAGGAUUCGGCGUUCCUCCGAGCCCAGCACUGGAAGCCAGCCCAAUGAAAUGACUGACUCAAUAGAACCACAGCCAGCAAACGCGGUGCACCUUACUCUGGAAGAGCGCCUGAAAUGGCAAAAUGCUCUGAAACUCGAGGGGCAGACAUUAAUUCGACAGAGCAUAGCAAUGGGUAUCAAAGUAGGUAAGGACAAAGAAAAUCGAAAGGAGGCAUGUUCGUCAAGUAUAUCCUCCCUGGACACAACAGGCACCGUUCUUUCACAGGAGACUAUGUUCUUCCAAAAAUCUACAUUUUCUACUACCAACAAAACCACCUGUCCUGGAGGGCCUGUGGUUCAAGUGGAAUGUGAAUCAGGGGACCUUCAUUUGGAUUCUCAUGAUGCCAGCCAGAAUUUAGAAAUAGCUUGUCUCUCAUCUGGGCAGGCAAGAAGCCCCCCGACUCCUAAGAAAAAAGACACCUCAGGGUGGCAGGCACAGCUUCACUCCAUUCAACCUGGCACAUGGAUAAGGAGCAGUCUAGUCAGUUUGAAGAAUUGGUCUCUGAAUAAGAAGGCCAGGACCAUCAUACCAGAGGAAAACUCUACUUUAAGAGAGGCCUCUGGCUGUCCAAAACCCAUAACAUCACAGGCAGCCCAGGAGGCCCACUGUGGCUUAAAAGCCAAUGUCCCUGAGCCCUGUGGAAAGGCCUCCUGGGAGGGGGGGGACAGUAGGUCUGACUGUGCUGGCAAUAUGCCCCAAGAAACAUCCCCCGUCUACUCGAUGACACAGAUUCCAACUGAGGACAAAACUCCAAGCCCAGACAUGGUGACUCCCCAGGGGACAAAAACUUAACCAAAGUCAUUUCAUUGACAUAAAAUACUGAUGGUGACAAUGAGAUCAGCAACUUGAGUAACAGUGACACUUUUUUUCACAAAGAAUUUAGAGUCAAAGUCUUCCAUAGCUACACAUUUGGGAGAAUUUCCUUUAGAUGAUUGGAUUGAUCCUAUAGGAAUUUUUCAAUUCUAGCCAAGUUCUAGUGAAGAAAGCAAGUUGUCUUGAGCAACUAGAAUCAAAGAGCGGAUGCACCCAGUACCAGUUGUAUCACUUAACACACACUGCAAGGCCUAAAAACUAUAGACUAUAGUAAACUCCCAACACAGCAUGGAAAUGUCAUUUUAAUGUCUGUCAGAGGGAGAAGACUGAUGGCCACUUUGGGAAGAAAAGGAAAUACCUCCCACAAAGUAUGCCGAGAGGUGUCGAGCCUGCGUCUCGCCACUGCUGUGAGUUUGUGCACACACUUCAAAACUCAGCUAAAUCAGUCCAUCACUGACUACCGUUUGGCAGGUGAGAGGUACUUAACAUGCUACCACGUGUGCUACCCCCUCCCCCAGCAACAUGCCCAUCGGGUCUUCCCCUAUAACAGUUAUUUAUUGUUAUUGGUCAUUGUGCUUUCUUAAUUUUUUAUGGAUUUCUCCCAAAUUAGUUCCAUUUGAAGACUGGCUUUUAUAUCCCAUUUGGCUUAUUGUAGAAUCACGAGCAUUUCUACAGUCUAUUUACUUCAUAUUAGACUUGCUUAAUUGGUAUGAGAUGAUAAAAUUGGCAGCUUACUCUAAAUUAAUUUCCUCAGCCAUCAAGUUUUACCAAGUUGCUCAGAAUUUAUCUCUACAAUCAUCUAUCAAAUUUAGUUGCUCAGAAUUUAUCUCUAUAAUUAUCCAUCAAAUUUAUAUGGACCUUUAGACACCUACUUUGACUAAGUUAUUUUUCUUUGUCAGUAGAAUAUUUCUAAGUGUUGUGUAACAUCUGAAGUGUAACUUAGUUGUUUUUUGUAACCAACUGCCAGAUCAACAUUGGUUUCUAUGGAAUUCAUUUACUCUAGAUUAUUUUUCUUGUGCACCAGAAUAUGUUUACUGUGUCAAGUUGCUCAGACUCAUCUCUCCAGUCACCCAUCAAAUGGACCUUUAUAUACCUACUUUGAAUAAGUUAUUUUUCUUUGCUACUGAAUAUUUCAUGUCAAAUUGCAUCUGCAUUUUAACCAGUUGUUCUCUGUAACCAACCUCCUUAUCAGCAUUUUAUUUCUAAGGAACUACUUUAAAUCAUUUUUCUCGGCCACCAGAAAAUAGUUACCAUGUCAGGAUACUUAGAACUGUCUGCAGACAUCAAAUGGACUUUUCUUAUAAUGACUCCCAAUAAGUUACUUUUCUUUUCUACUGGACAUUUCCUCAUGUCAAACAACAUCAACAUUGUAACCCAGUUGUUCUCUGUCACCAACUACAUAAUCAACCUUUCUAAGGAGUCACUUCAAACUAUUUUUCUUGGCCACCAGAAAAUGUUGACCAUAUCACCAUGCUCAGAACUAUUGUCUGUAGUCAUCAAUCAAUGGACUUUUCUCAUUUUCACUCUCAAUAAGUUAUGGCUUAGCCAUCAUAAACCUUGGAAAUAUGCUUUCCCUAUUGCCCCAAAAGUUGUAUUUUUAAAUGACUAGGAAAAAAAUGUUUUCUGUAAGAUAAAAGAAUUACCUUUAGUAUUAUCUAUAGGUGCUACCUACCUCUGUGGGGUAUAGCCCUGUUUUUUUCUAACUCAUGGUUUCAGAAUUUCAUGGCAUAUACCACCUUGGACGACAAUGUGAAGCAGUCAUCAAGCUACAGUAGCCAAAUACAAUAUUCAUAAUAUUCUAUAUCAAGGGAGAAAGGGUUCCAGGACCUGUAGAGCAACUUCUGUCAAAACUAAGCCAUGCGAAUAGAGAUCUUGAAAAGCAUGUGUAAUACAGUCAAGGGAUCACCUAUCAACAGGUCAAAAGAGUUCUAGCCCUUAUUUUCUUCUAUUGGCAGGCAUAAAAAUCCCAUAGAAUGCAUAAAAUAUAAUCGUUUUUCAACAUAACUUCUACCCUGAUAUCUUCAGCUGCCCCUAGAAUACUUCAUGUGAAUAUUGUCAAUUGUAUGAAUACAGAUAUGCCAUUUGGUUAUAUUGUCGCUUUAUCCAAAAAUGCUUUGAGUUUGUAAAAUAUCUGGAUAAAUUUUAAAUGUAUUUUUGUACUUGCAGAAGCUGCUAACUUUUAAAGCUGUUUUUAAAACACUGAAAUGGAUAUGUAUGAAGUCCAUACUGUCUAUUAGAUAAAUCCAUACUAUCUAUGAAAUAAAAUUGCAUUCUGCAAAAUUAA